GCAAGAGAGCAAAGCGAAUAUAGUCUUCAUUGGCAUUUUGGUAACUUUCAACUUUGCGGAAAUGCGUAGUUGUAUGGCCAUUGUCGCUUUCGCAUGUGCUUUGUUUCUAAAAACUUGUUGAAAGGGAGCUGACUCUAAAUUAUUUAUAAAUUUAUCAAAAGGAGUGUUGUAAAUCGAAUACGAGGACCUCUGAAAUUGUGGAAUGAAUUUAUGUUGAAAAAAGUAUUGAAAUGGUUGGCUAGUUUGUUGUAUUCGCGCCUUACUUUAUCUCCGAGCCAAACUUCAAUCUUCACAUGCUUCCAAGUUCAUGAUUUGCCUUUUUGAGGGAAUGGGAAGGCUGCUAUUGUCUCGAGCGAGUUAUACGAAAGUUAGGAAUUCAAGUUUCUAUAGCCAAAUUUUGCAUAAUUUGUCCACUUCCUCUAUCCGUUGAAACUACUUUCUGAAAAAGCAGUACAACUAAUGUAUUCAAUUUUGAUGGGGACUAUCAAGCCCCUGCCGAAGUCAGUUCGUAAUUCUGUGCGUGCUGGUGUUAUUCUCUAUGAUGUCACGAAGGUCGUGGAAGAGCUUGUUUAUAAUAGUUUGGAUGCUGGUGCAUCGAAGAUUUCAAUUUUCAUUGGCAUUGGGACAUCCUAUGUUAAAGUAGUGGACAAUGGAUCUGGUAUUACUCGAGAUGGGUUAGUUUUGCUUGGAGAAAGAUACGUGACAUCAAAAUUUCAUGAUCUCAUCGACACGGAUAACAAAGGUGGAACAUUUGGCUUUCGAGGAGAGGCAUUGGCUUCCAUUUCAGAUUUUUCAUUGGUGGAGAUCAUAACUAGAGCAUGUGGGAGGGCAAAUGGAUAUCGUAAAGUCUUAAAGGGUUGCAAAUGCUUGUAUCUUGGAAUUGAUGAUGAUAUGGAAGAUUUUGGCACUACUGUUAUUGUUCGUGAUCUGUUUUACAACCAACCAGUUCGAAGGAAACAUAUGCAAUCCAGCCCCAAGAAGGUCUUGCAUGCAGUCAAGAAAUGUGUAUUUCGAACUGCCCUUGUACAUUCUAAAGUUUCCUUCAAAAUUGUAGAGAGUGAAAGUAAGAGUAUCCUUCUUUGCACGGAUCCCUCUCCUUCUCCUUUAUCACUUUUGAGAAGUGGGUUUGGUAGUGAGGUUUCCAGGUCUCUCCAUGAAUUAAAAAUCGGUGGUGGAGACUUAAAGCUAUCGGGCUAUAUAUGCAGUCCGUUUGACAAUUUCAGUAUCAAGGUGGAUAGGAUUCACUAUUCAGUAUUUCAUGAAAUUGUUUGGACCUCAGCAAGGACAGAUAUUAACAGUCGAUUCAUUUGCAAGGGCCAAAUUCAUAAAUUACUUAAUCAACUGGCCAGUAGAUUUACGAGCCUAGAUCCACAGACUGACCUUGCCUUUCACAGAAGGAAGAGAGGCAGGUCUGAAGCAAAUCCUGCUUAUGUUUUAAAUUUAGAGUGCCCUGUAUCCUUCUACGAUCUAACAUUUGAAUCAUCCAAGACCAUUGUUCAGUUUAAGGACUGGACCCCAAUACUUACCUUCGUUGAAGAGGCCAUUCAACAAUUUUGGAAGGAAAAAUAUAAUUGUGGAAAAUCUGCAGUCCAUUCAACCCCCAUAGUUGGAGAUGAGUCGUGGAAGGAUGAAGAUAACACGAUUUCAACAAAAUCAAAUGAUAUUCUAUCUGUGAAGAAGAGCAGAAUGCAAAGCUGUCAGGCUUCCCUUAUUGAUUCGUUUUCACCAUCAGUCACGUUCACAAAACAUGAUGACAUCUUGUCCUAUAAAUUGUGUGACAAAAAGGCAUGUGAGAGUUCACACACAAGUUCAAUUGAAUUGGAUGACGGCGAUCACCAUCUAGCUAAGAUGCAAUUUAGUAACCGAGCCGAUCAUUUCCCAAAAUCAUGGGAUACUCCCUUGGCAAAAUGCUCAACUACAGCUUUCCAAAACAAUUACCGUUACCAAUCGGUACCUGAAUUUCUUUUUGUAUCUGAAGAUUCCUUUUUGGAUAGAAGGCUGAACUUUCCUGAAGGAUGUGAUGACGUUGUUGAGGAGAAUAUCUUCUGUUCAGAUUUAAAAGGUCAAUCUUCUAAAAUGCAUAUCAAUAUGAUUACUGGGUCUGCCGAAAGUACACCAUCUUCUUACAUUCAUGAAAUUAGUUAUGAUGAUUAUAUCUUCAUGGGUAACAAACCUUCACUUACGGGAUGCUCCUCAAUGAGCAGUUUUCAACCGUACGUUCAAAAUGAUGUCAUCAAAAGAACCCAAAUGCAAGGAAGCGAUGAUGAAUCUGAUAUUAUGAAACUUGGUGCUUACAUCAAGGGUUCUGAUUUUUGUGCUGGAUCCUCAUUGCAUGCUGAGACGUUUUUGUCAAGUUAUCAGACCAGAAAUUCCCCAAAUGCUCACAUGACUUCAAAUUCUAUAUUAGCCAGGGAAUGGGAUGUUGAUUGCUUGAGUGUUAGGGAUGAGGUUGACAGGAGCUGGCGAUCUAGAGAUAGGAUACCCUUCAAGGAGUUCGUGGAUGAUGAUGAAAAGGGCUGCCAAUUUGAUUAUGAUAUCAUGUUGAGUAGUUCCAACAAAAAGAAUUACAAGUCAAGCUGUAACGAUAGUACAAUGAUAAUUGAUGAUGUUUUUGAUACAAGAGAAGACCUUAGUACCUUCCUUAAAAAGUGUAAUGAUUUUGAACAUUCUUCUCCUAGGAGUAGUCCUGAUAUGCACUCCCGUCAGAAGUAUUUUUCCAAUUGGAGAUUGCCCGAAAGAGAUUGUGAAAAGGCUUAUGGAAGCUCAGAACCUGAGAUUGGACAUCAAGCUUUUAAACAGAAGUAUUGUUCUGUUGAAAGGCCUAGAAGAGGCAAAUCGGCUCCACCUUUUUACAAAAGAAAGACUAGUUUCUAUUGCCUGGACCAACGAAAGGCAGAAAGGGCUGAUGCUGCUAGUUUCUAUUGCCUGAACAAAAGAAAAGCUGAUAAGUCUAGUGCCUCUAGUUUCUAUUGCAUGGACCAAGGGAAAGUUGAAAAGCUUAAGGCAUCGGUCUUCCUUGACAGCCCACCCCAUUUAGAACCAGUUGAGCUGAGAGAUUCCGAACAUAUCUCUGGUACUAGUAAUCAAUAUGUUAAGCCUUUUCCUGUUGAUGACUUAUUGGUUGAAACCAGAUCUUCCAGAAGAGAUACGACAAAGAUGUCUGCUAUUAUGGGAAAUAGUGAGGAGAAACAAGGAGAGAUUUCCAAGCAGUCCCAAUACGAUGUUAAGGUUACUGAAAGUGCUAUAGAAUUAUGCUCAAAGGAAACUCAAGAGUCCUCAGAUUUAUGGAUCAAAUGGAAAAAUUGCUGUCCAACUACCAGAAAUGAGGAUUCACAUGCUUUUGAUGAUGAAGUUAGUAUACUUGAUAUCUCUUCAGGGUUCCUAUCCCUUGCUAGCAAUUCCUUAGUUCCAGAUUCGAUCGAUAAAAAUUUCCUUGAAGAUGCAAAAGUUCUUCUACAGCUAGAUAAGAAAUUCAUUCCAGUUGUUUCUGGUGGAAUUUUGGCUGUUAUCGAUCAGCAUGCUGCAGAUGAAAGAAUCCGACUUGAAGAUCUUCGUCAAAAGCUGUUGUCCGGUGAAGCAAAGACUACAGCCUAUCUAGAUGCUGAACACGAGCUGGUACUGCCAGAGAUUGGUUACCAGUUGCUGUAUAACUAUGCCGAUCAAGUUAAAGAGUGGGGUUGGAUCUGUAAUAUUCAUGCUCAAGAUUCAAAAUCCUUCCGAAGCAAUUUGAACAUCCUACACAAGCAGGAAACAGUCAUCAUGCUAAUGGCAGUACCGUGCAUAUUAGGGGUUAAUUUAUCUGAUGUUGAUCUUCUGGAGUUUCUUCAUCAGCUUGCUGAUACAGAUGGCUCAGCAACGAUGCCACCAUCGGUACUUCGAGUUCUUAAUUCAAAGGCCUGCAGAGGUGCAAUUAUGUUCGGUGACUCUUUGUUACCUUCGGAGUGCUCCCUUUUAGUUGAAGAACUGAAGCAGACUUCUCUAUGUUUCCAAUGUGCCCAUGGACGGCCAACGACGGUACCGCUUGUGAACUUGGAGGCAUUGCAUAAGCAGAUAAAGGAGCUGGAAAUACAUGGCAGAAGUGGUUCAAAUGGAACGUGGAAUGGUCUUGGACGACAAGAGCUGAGCAUAGAAAGGAUGUUGCAGCGCUUGAGUUCGGCUGAAGGUUUAUAAUACUCUUGGCAAAUGCUGCCGUUUCAUCGAGGAGACUAAUUGCCCAGGAGCCGGAUUAAAUAGCAGCAGUAUGCAUAGUAGAUUGGAUUGAGUAGCAUUGUUAGACUAUGCAUAGAAGCAGAAGAUGGGGACGAUGAUUUGUUAAAGAGAGAGUGUUUCUGUAGUUUAGGUUUCCUUAGAGUUUUGGUUGUAAUUCUUCAAUAAAUUCUUUUGCAACAUUGUAAAUAAAGCUAAAUGUUUCUUCAAAAGAAUAUUUACUUUAUGGAUAAAUAAUUCUUAGUUUGCAUUUGAUUACAAAA